GAUGUAGGAAGAUGCAAAAUGCAUACAGGUAGUUCAACUGCACAUAGAAAUAUCAAGUCGCCACUUUUACAAAUAAGCAAAAUCAUGAAAGUUUUGAUUUUCUUUGCUUUGGUACUUCAGGUAUCCUUGGCUCUACCCAUGGAGAAAGAAAACCGAAUCGUAGGCGGAUAUCCUGCUAGUCCAGGUCAAUUUCCACAUCAGGUCUCUCUCCAACUCAAUGGCCAACACGCAUGUGGUGGGUCCAUCAUUUCACCCUACACGAUCCUCACCGCUGCUCACUGUGUUUAUGGAGUAUAUGAUCAAUUGUAUGUCCUCGCUGGUGUCACUGACUUAAAUGAGAAUGGUGUCCGUGUGGCUGUGGGCCAGAUUGUGAUCCAUGCAAAUUACAACCCAAAUACUUUUCUUGAUGAUAUCGCUAUUCUGCGUUUAUCAAGCGCACUACCAAUUGAGGGAUAUAUUCAAAUUGCUCCCCUUCGAGGUCAGGAGUCAACCCAGGAGAAACUCUUACUCUAAGCGGUUGGGGGCGCACUUCUUACCCUGGCAAUCUUCCCUCGCAGUUACAUUGGAUUCAACUGGCUGCAAUAGAUUUGAAUACCUGCUCCCAACUACUAGCUGGUUCAACUCCUAUCGGUAACGGCCAUGUCUGCACAUCAUCACCAGUAAACGAAGGAUCUUGCCAGGGUGAUUCUGGUGGCCCAUUGAUUGAUGCCUACGGAAAUCAAAUUGGUGUCGUCUCGUGGGGAAUCCCAUGUGCUAAAGGAUAUCCUGAUGUCUUUACUUCAGUACCAUACUAUUGGAACUGGAUUGUACAAAGUUCCAAAUCAUUGGAAAACGUUCACAUUGUAAACUAAUAUUGUUAAUUAUAAGUUCAUAUUGAAUAAAAUUUAGAUAUAUACAUUA